AUGCCACAAAAUCAUAUUUCUUGUCUCUUACAUUUCAAUGUUAAUCCAGUUGAUCACAAUGUCACAUACAACACUGCAAAAAUCGAAGACGAUGAAGAUGUCCGUUCAAUGCUUCAAUGCCACUCAAGGUUUUGCAGCCAACAAACAAUGGAGUUGUAUAUUUGUUUUCAACAAAUGCAUGAAGUAUAUCCAACACAAUCAUCAAAAACUCAUGCAUAUCAACAAAGUCAGGUCUCCCAACAAGAAGAGUAUGUCCAAGCACAACAUAACGAGCCAAUAUUUCCGGAAGAGGAAGUGGGUGAUGAUACUGACUCCGACGAUGCCAGAAAAAUUAAUUUGUUUAGUGGGUCCAGUGAUGAGUCAGGUGACGAUGACAGGCUGGAGGCAUACCCGACUCCUAUACUUGAUCUAUACAACCCACCUUAUCACUUAAGAAAUAUUUCAUUUGAAUGUGUGGAACCAAUUUCAGUCUUUGAACCCUUAGACGAACGUGAGUCACGUGAAGACUUAAAGGUUGGUAUGACGUUUGAAAACAAAGAAGCAUGUCUCCAUGCAAUAUCUGAGUAUCACAUAAAAAAUUCUUAUACUUUUAAGCACAUCGCACAAAACUUCAUGCGAGCCACCAAGGAUAAAAACCUUCGCAAGACAGUUGUUAACAUGAGGUAUACAAUUAAUGAGUCUACAUACGCAUAUUAUCAGGAGGAGAUCCGCCAAACAAACACAUAG